AUGGACAACAAGCAGACCCUCGUCGUCGUCACCCUUGGCCAGACCACCAACCUCGACUCGCCUCGUUGGACUCGCAAGCAUGGCCGCCGUCGCCCCUCCUACCGCCCCAACAACCUCGGCUGGCUCCCCCAUCUUCGUUCCCAACUUCGUGCACAACCAGCGGGCGUUGUACUACGUCAAGAGUACGACCGCCUGUAUCGCAGGCUCAGUCGCCGGCAUCCUCGGCCUGACAAACCUGCACGGCUUCGUCCUCUUCUUCAUCACAUCCUUCGGCGUUGGCGCGCUGUACUCGGCCGUCAAUUGCGGCAUGAAGCCCAGCCGCUACUUCCCCAAGGCGAGCGAACCGCUCCUGUCUGGGACACUCGGCAACUGCUUCAGCUUCAUCCUCUUUUGGACAUUGUUCUAUUCGCUCGUUCACAUCUACAAGUGAUUCUUCGUCCGCCGUCGCCAGAACGCGCAUGCAGCGCGACGGGCCGCUUGACAAGUACUCAUCGCCCAACUCACGCCCGCCAAACCCCCGCCCUCUUCUUCGGCUCCCCCGCCUCUUCCAGUCGACUCAUUGGCGAGGCUGUCAAGACGGAACGGCAUAGGCUGGCCGUAAUGGCGAGAGAGGAGCGCACAGGAUCAGGUCGAGCCGAGUCGAGAAAGGUUUGGGAGGAACGCCUUUCUCGAACAAGGCUCGACUAA